AUUAUUCUGUCACUCUCCCGACAAAAGAAAAAAAAUAAGCAAGCUUUCAUUUUUCCCUCUCCCUUCCCUUCUUUGGAGGGAAAACCUUUCCACCUACAACACCAUCUCCACUCUCAUCGUCUAUUUUUCAGUAAUAAUAAAAAACCUAGGGUUUUGUCCAGAUGGUUCUGGAUCUUUCUUACCUCCAAACUUCGUGGCUGUGAUCCUGUUUCGAUCGAGGCAGCGGUUCCCGUAAAUUGCUCUGUUCUGUCUUUUCAUUUGAUCGAAUUUAUUUCAGAUAUACAAGGUGAUUCCAGGGCCUGCACUGGCAACCCUGUGGUUUUUCUAGAUUUCUGUUGGAAAAGUUAGAAAACCCAAUCCAGUUUUUAGGUGCUGAGAUUCAUUGUUUUAAUUAUUACUGUUACAUGUGCCAAUCUUUUGAAAGUGAGAUCCUUGAGUUUGGAUAAAGUUUCUAUUUUUCUGCAUUUCCCCUGGGGCAAAUUCGUUAUCAAUAAAUUUUCAAGAUUCACCCUUCUUUAUGAAGUAAGAAUGCAAACCAGAAGGAAACCUUUAACAAGAAAUUCUGCUCGAGAGCAUGCUAGUCCCAGAGUUUGUAGACUACAGAAGAAAGCAUCUGAGAAUAUGCAGGUUGUAGAAAAGAAUGUUACAGAGCUGAUCACAUCUUCUGCUAGAAAGCAGAGAUUAGUGCAACCUUCAGCUGGGCCAAAGAAAAGUAGAGAUCCAGUGGCAGCAACAAAGUUGAAUACAAAUCACAGCUUGGCACAUGGAGAGACCCGUGAUAGAUCACUUGUAUAUGAUACAGUUGAGGAGGCUCGCAUUGGUCAGAAGGACUGUAAUAAGGGUAAUGCUGAAUGUGUCUUGGAGACAAUAUUUUCACCAGCCUUUCACAUUUCUAAAGACCUAGAAGGGGGCAUUGCAAAUGGAGUAAACUUCUUUAAGUUUUUUAGGAGUGAAGACCAUAAAGUCCCUGAGAACUGUAUAGUCAAGGAGCUACAAGAGGACAUGUUGAAGAAUCUUGUUACUCUAGAGACUUCUGACUUGGUUGGAAAAGAAGGUCAGAAUAAUUUUAAUUGGAAUUUCAGAAUGUCUGCAGGCACUAUAUGUUCCGUUGAUGAGAUGGAGGUGGAUUCAAGUGUACUAUCUGACCACAAAGAUGAGCCAAACUGUGGUUCUGACAUGCCAUCUGAUGCAAUGGUUGUGGAUUCUCAUUGUGAUUUAGAUGGAACCAACCUAUCUUCUGAAGUUUCAGCUAUCUAUCUUGCCAUGCAACACUCUAAGUUGGAAUGUGUUGAUGAUCAUACUCAAGUUUCCAUGUCAACAGAAGUAUGUGUGGAUGAAGAUGAUAUUGAAGAAAUUGAUGAUUUUGAUCCAUACUUAUUCAUAAAGAACUUACCAGAGUUGUCUUCGGUGGUGCCAACUUUUCGGCCUAUGCUCCUACCGAAACAAACACGGAGGUGCCCUCCCAUUACACUUGUUUUAGACUUGGAUGAGACUUUGGUGCACUCCACUCUAGAACAUUGUGAUGAUGCAGAUUUUACGUUUCCAGUAAAUUUUAAUCUCAAGGAGCACACAGUCUAUGUCCGGUGUCGGCCCUAUCUCAAGGAUUUUAUGGAGAGGGUUGCCAACCUCUUUGAGAUCAUCAUCUUCACUGCAAGCCAAAGCAUAUAUGCUGAACGGCUUCUUAAUGUAUUGGACCCUAAAAGGAGGAUAUUCCGUCACCGUGUUUAUCGUGAGUCCUGUGUUUUUGUAGAGGGUAACUACCUCAAAGAUCUAUCAGUUCUUGGCCGUGAUUUAGCACGUGUUGUCAUAAUUGACAACUCUCCACAGGCAUUUGGCUUCCAAGUGGAUAAUGGUAUCCCAAUAGAGAGCUGGUUUGAUGAUCGCUCAGAUCAAGAGUUGCUUUUGUUAUUGCCCUUCCUGGAGAGUUUGGUUGGAGUUGAGGAUGUUCGUCCUUCGAUAGCUAAGAAGUUCAAUCUUCGGGAAAAAAUAGCUGCAGCAGUUUAUCCUUCACUGAAUUACAAAGGAGAUCUCUUUGAAAGGUGAGUGUAGGAAUGACCACCUCGAUGUAAUUUGGCCUCACCAUGCACUAAGCAUCAAUAUCUUGCUUGAUUGAGAAUGCAACCAUGAAACCAUGCCGUAGAGGAGUAAUGUUGAUUACACAGAGAGAAGUAGCACCGUGAGAAGACAAGUGGAAAGUGCUAGGGCAAGGUUAGCAGUAGCGUGCAAAUGGUUGUUGUUCUGUGUCCAACAGUCUAAAAAAGCACGUAAUUUAUUUUGCUUUAUGUUUAGGGAACUAGAAAUUGUUUAAGAUGCUCAUAUAAAUCAUUUGAUUUUGUUGGGAAAGUGUUUGGAGAGGAUGUUCUGUAGGUAAGGCUUAAAGUUACAACGAGAUUUUAUUUAUGCUUUAUUUUUAUCA